AUGCCGCCGGCGAAAGGUCAAGGUGAGAGUGCACAGUACCUGUCCGAGUACGAUUCAACUUUUAAUUGUGAGCGCAGUGUGAUGGCAACUUGCCUUGUCAACCCUGCCUCCUUAGCGGGAGACGAUGUUCCCAGAAUGCCGUCGAUUUGCGACGCCGAACAUUUGUUAGAAAUGAAGUGCCUGCAAGUGGUAAUAGGGGGGAACAGUUUAUUGACAAGACUGGAUCGAGUGGAGCGACAGUUGCAGUUCCUCACCAAUGCUCUACGCUCUGGCUCAAACAGAUAUGACCCCAUCGAUGCAGAAACAGGCCCAGUGAAUAGAUUAGGAGUGACCGGAGUCGAAAAUGAAUCCUUUGUCGCUUCGAAAAGCAAAGAGUUUACGCAUGAUGAGGUAAACUCCUUUUCUGGUGAAACUUCUAUCAGACAUGCGUUGGAGGAAGUCGAAGGACACUUGGAGACAACCCAAGGCCACGGUGGUACUGCCACCAACGUUCCACACUCUCAGAUUUCAACUCCGAUCUUAACUCCGUCGCCUCAUCACGAGAGGAGAGAAAAGAGUCCAGAGUAUGAUGAUCACCAAGACAUACUUCAAAUGUACGAUAUUCAGCCAAAGCGACUGCAGUGGGAUAAGUCCUUGAACAUCUUUUGUACCGAAAUCCAUAUAUUGUAUCCGUUCCUACACCUACCAGCACUCCGACACAAUUACGACGCCAUGUGGAAUAGUUUCGCUUUGCCUUCCGAACCCGACAUUCACAACUCUAAGAUAUCCGAGAUAGCGCUGGCUCAGCUUCUUACAUGCAUUGCUAUUGGCCAAUGUACCGAGUCUCCAAGGUUGGAGAAUCGAGAAGGGCGACAUUCGGCAGGCUGGAGAUUAUAUGGAGCGGCAUAUGGAAUGAUUGGAGACCUCCUUGACAGUUUCGGAAACUGCCCAGACUCACUACAACUUCUGCAAACACUAGCUCUAAUGGUGAUUUAUCUCUUCCGACUCGAUAUCUUCGGGAAGGCCGAAAAGCUCCUGGCUCUUGCCAUCAGCCAUGCACAUCAUCUUGGGCUGCACCGAUCUAGAGUAUUACAUAACAUGUCUCCAUUUCACAGUGAGAUGUUUCGACGAAUGUGGUGGAGUCUCUACAUCUUGGAUCGUCGCGUGGCUAUUGAGACCGGCCACCCCUUCUUGAUCCAAGACAUCAAUGUCGAUACGCCUUUACCACGACCAGUAGACGAUGACCAGCUCUCCAGAUUCUGGAAUCGCUCGAAUGUUGACCUACACACACUUCAACCAUCGGAAGCAAGCAGCCCUUAUACCACUUCGUUUCGCUACUUCAAAGCUAUGAUAACUUAUUCGCAAGUUCUGGGUAAAGUCUGGGAGGGGCUCUAUGGCGCUACAAGCUUGGAUCAGGCUCCCAAAUAUUCCCUCCGUGAGCACCUUGAACGCCUGCUGUUCCGGGCUCAGAAAGAUAUCCACCAGGACUUUGCCCAUCCCCGCUACGGACCACGCGCAACACAAUUUGUCGAAACGCCAUGGUGGCUGAUAAAGCAGCAAGCGCUAAUGCGAACUCGGUGGUUAUCCGCUCGCCUUCUGAUACGCAGGCCUCUGCUUUUCGCAUCUGAUACAUCUGACGGGACUCCUCUUGACUCGUUCGAAAACGAAGUGUCAUGCAUGCAAAUUGCCAAUAGCAUUAUCGAAGAAGUCUCUCAAUUCCCUGAGGAAAAGGCCAUCUUCACGUUUCCCUUCAUACACUACCUAAUCGGGGCGACAAUAACCUCUCUCGGGCUGAUAAUAAAGGAGAAUACGUUCAAGGCUGCCUAUGGCGGAGCCACAGUUCAUGCCGUCCGAUUGCUGGAGUCUUAUUGCACCAAAACAUGGGUAUCUGGGAAGUUGAUACGAGUUGUUUCAAGGCUGAGUCAUAUGACGUCUCGGUUAUUGAAAGAUGACGUUGUCGUGGGCUCGGGAAUCUCACUAUACAAACAUUCAUCUCAGGCUCCCGGGGUUCUGGACGCUCAAGUUCGACAAACAGAGAUUGGCAGUGGCGAAGGUUCUUCUGUGGCUCGCCCAAGCCAAGUAGUAAGCGAACCGUUAGUAGGGGAACGCGAAAUUGUGGGGCCUGACAUGAAUGUUCGUUCGGGUGAAGCAGGCGAACCCACUUGUCAGAUGCUACCUUUGUACGGGCGAGAUAUUACUGAGCCUUGCUUGCCUACGCAAGUUCUGUCAUCCGAUGGCCUGGCCAGCCUAGUUAUGUCUGACUUUGAUUUCGAGGAAGGUGUUCCGGUUGGUACCAGAUUUGGAAUACAUCCUACUCAAGGUGCUGCACGCAUAUACCCCUUACCAAGCGACCAGCCAGAAGGGAGUGCAGGCACCAGUCAUACCAGCUCAAGGCCCUUGGCUAUGCAUAACGAACUAACGGCUGGUGAACCAGUGGCACCUUUCGAUGCUGGAAAUUUUGGAGGUAGUGGAUUGGGGGAGAUGGAACGGCUAGAAGCGUUGUUUGGCAAUUAUGUCAACUCUGAUUAUAUGCACGGUCAAUACACGUGA